GGUCCUGUAGCCCGGAAAGAUGGGUGUCGACCAACUAGUCGAGACUAUUAUACCAUACAAUUUAAGGUCUAUAGCAACUCAUUUAUAUGUUCCUCCUUUUACAAUAAUCACUGCAAUCUGGACAUAUGUCUGGCUCAAUAUUUUCGGCUAUGAAGAAUAUUAUGAACUUGGAAUGUUGGGAUAUGCAGCAAUUUUUGUGAUUCUUGCACUAGUUCUUCUUUUCUGUCAUUGGAUGAUGCCUGUUCGAUGUUUCCUCAUGUGUUCAAAGCAAGAAGAUGUUCGUAUUGCUUCUCAUGUGUGUGUUAUCCCUACACAAAAUAACGGAUGGCCGGAAUUAGUUAAACUUAUGAGAACAACGCGUGAUAAACAAACAAAGUUAUGGUUCGAAUUUCAAAGAGUUCACUAUACUUGGGAUGAAGAGAGCAGAGAAUUUCAGACGAAAACUCUUGAUACUGCGAAACCAAUGGUUUUCUUUCAAAAAUCACACGGAUUCGAAGUUGAAGAGCAUGUUAAAGAUGCUAAAUAUCUUCUCGGAGACAACAAAACUGAAAUGAUUGUUCCACAAUUCUUGGAAAUGUUCAUUGAAAGAGCUACAGCUCCAUUCUUCGUCUUUCAAGUGUUCUGUGUUGGAUUGUGGUGUCUGGAAGAUAUGUGGUAUUAUUCACUUUUUACACUUUUCAUGCUUAUGACAUUCGAAGCAACACUCGUCAAACAGCAAAUGAAGAAUAUGUCUGAAAUCCGGAAUAUGGGAAAUAAAACGUAUAUGAUUAACGUGCUCCGUGGCAAGAAAUGGCAAAAAAUCAAGAUUGAAGAGUUAGUGGCCGGAGAUAUCGUUUCAAUUGGAAGAGGUGCUGAAGAAGAAUGUGUUCCAUGUGAUCUUCUGCUUCUACGUGGACCCUGUAUCGUUGAUGAAUCGAUGUUAACUGGAGAAAGUGUUCCACAAAUGAAAGAACCAAUUGAGGAUGUUGAAAAAGAUAAGAUCUUUGAUAUUGAAACAGACAGCAGAUUACACGUUAUCUUCGGAGGAACCAAGAUUGUUCAGCACACAGCACCAGGAAAAGCUGCAGAGGGAAUGGUAAAAUCACCGGAUGGAAACUGCAUCUGUUAUGUAAUUCGAACUGGAUUCAACACUUCUCAAGGAAAACUCCUCCGUACUAUCAUGUUCGGAGUCAAGAAAGCAACUGCUAACAAUUUGGAAACCUUCUGUUUCAUUCUUUUCCUUCUUAUUUUCGCAAUUGCCGCUGCUGCAUAUCUUUGGAUCAAAGGAUCAGUUGACGAGACUCGGAGUAAAUACAAAUUGUUCCUUGAAUGUACACUUAUUCUCACUUCUGUUAUCCCACCGGAGCUUCCAAUCGAAUUAUCACUUGCUGUCAACUCAUCAUUGAUGGCUCUUCAAAAAUUGGGAAUUUUUUGUACAGAACCAUUCCGAAUUCCAUUUGCCGGAAAAGUCGAUAUCUGUUGUUUUGACAAAACAGGAACAUUGACAACUGACAAUUUGGUUGUUGAAGGAGUUGCAUUGAAUAAUCAAAAAGAAGGAAUGAUCCGAAACGCAGAAGAUCUUCCACAUGAAAGUCUUCAAGUUCUAGCAUCUUGUCACAGUCUCGUUCGAUUCGAAGAAGAUCUCGUUGGAGAUCCAUUGGAAAAAGCAUGUCUUUCAUGGUGUGGUUGGAAUUUAACAAAAGGAGAUGCUGUAAUGCCGCCUAAAACAGCAGCCAAGGGUAUUUCUGGAAUUAAAAUCUUCCAUCGUUAUCACUUUUCAUCGGCAAUGAAGAGAAUGACAGUUGUUGCUGGAUAUCAAUCACCUGGAACUUCUGAUACGACAUUCAUUGUAGCUGUCAAAGGUGCUCCAGAAGUGCUCAGAAAUAUGUACGCCGACCUUCCAUCUGAUUACGACGAAACGUAUACUCGUCUGACUCGUCAAGGAUCUCGUGUUCUUGCUAUGGGAAUACGUAAACUUGGAGAAACUCGAGUUGGAGAACUUCGCGAUAAGAAACGAGAGAAUUUCGAAAAUGAUCUCGCAUUUGCUGGAUUUGUCGUCAUAUCGUGCCCACUGAAGAGUGAUACUAAAACAAUGAUUCGUGAAAUUAUGGAUAGUUCUCAUGUAGUUGCAAUGAUUACUGGAGAUAACCCAUUAACAGCUUGUCAUGUAUCAAAAGUUCUUAAAUUCACCAAAAAGUCAUUGCCGACUUUAGUUCUUGAUGAACCUGCCGAUGGAGUUGACUGGAUGUGGAAAUCUGUUGAUGGAACUAUCGAAUUGCCGUUGAAACCAGAAACAAAAAAUAAAAUGGAGAGAAAAGCGUUCUUCAAUUCUCACGAAUUCUGUCUGACCGGUUCAGCUUUCCAUCACUUGGUGCACAAUGAGCACACUUUCCUACGAGAGCUUAUUCUACAUGUUAAAGUAUUCGCAAGAAUGGCUCCAAAACAAAAAGAACGAAUUAUCAACGAGUUAAAAUCAUUAGGAAAAGUUACUCUUAUGUGUGGAGAUGGUACAAAUGAUGUCGGAGCUUUGAAGCAUGCUAACGUUGGAGUUGCUCUUCUAACAAACCCUUAUGAUGCAGAGAAGGCCGCUGAAAAAGAAAAAGAGAAAAAAGCAAAAAUCGAAGAAGCUCGUUCACUCGUUCGCUCAGGAGCUCAAUUACCACAACGACCAGGUGCCCCAGGAGCACCUCCAGCGGCUAACGCAGCUCGUCGUGAUGCUCCUCCUGGAGCCCGCGCGAGAGCUCCCCUACCACCAAUGGCUAAUGCUGCUCAAGCCCGACUAGAUAAUCUAAUGAAAGAGUUGGAAGAAGAGGAAAAAGCUCAAGUGAUCAAGUUGGGUGAUGCCUCAAUUGCUGCGCCAUUCACCAGUAAAUAUACAUCGAUUGCAUCCAUUUGUCACGUCAUCAAACAAGGUCGUUGUACUCUUGUUACAACUCUUCAAAUGUUCAAAAUUCUCGCUCUCAAUGCUCUUGUUUCUGCUUAUUCACUUUCUGCACUUUAUCUGGAUGGCGUUAAAUUCAGUGAUACCCAGGCAACUAUUCAAGGACUUCUUCUUGCAGCAUGCUUCUUGUUCAUUUCAAAAUCAAAGCCUCUGAAAACAUUAUCUCGUCAACGACCAAUGGCGAAUAUUUUCAAUGCCUAUACUCUUCUGACUGUCACUCUUCAGUUUAUUGUACACUUCUCUUGUCUCCUUUACAUUGUCGGACUCGCACAUGAAGCCAAUACAGAAAAAGCUCCUGUCGAUUUGGAAGCAAAAUUCACGCCAAAUAUUUUGAACACUACGGUUUAUAUAAUUUCAAUGGCUCUUCAAGUUUGCACAUUUGCUGUCAACUACAGAGGACGACCGUUCAUGGAAUCUUUAUUCGAGAAUAAGGCCAUGCUUUACAGUAUUAUGUUCUCAGGAGGAGCAGUUUUCACUCUUGCCAGUGGACAAGCUACGGAUCUCAUGAUUCAAUUUGAACUAGUUGUUCUACCAGAAGCUCUACGAAAUGCGUUGCUAAUGUGUGUCACAGCGGAUCUUGUUAUCUGUUAUAUCAUCGAUCGUGGUCUGAAUUUCCUGCUGGGAGAUAUGUUCUAAAUUACUCGUUUUUCUUAUUAUCCUUCUUCCUUGACAUUCCCUAUCAACAUCUUUUUUCUGCCAUCCUGUUGUUUAAUUUAUUUUUUCGGUUUUAUCUUCACUUAGAACCAAAGCUAUCGCAUGAUCUAAGAUCAGAAAUAGUCAUUUCAUUGUCGCUGUUUCAGAGCAUAAUGUUUCUGUGAUAUAUACAUUUCUGUUGAAAUCUUGCAGAUUCAUUUACAAUGUAUUUAUUUGAGUCUUUUUUUAGUAAUAAAAUUAUCAUCAUCAUUC